UACAAAAACGCACGCACACUGCAACCCCCCUGCAUGCAUACACACUUUGUACGCACACCCUAUCUUGACUUCUUCAUAAUUUAUGAACAGAUUAAUGUACUACAGGUAUAUGUAAUACCUAGAGGUCUGUCUUAAAAGACGUGCAGGUGAAAGGUUCCUCCCUUUGCCAUGUCGCUGUUCUGUCUUUGGGAAUCGCUGGAUUUACGAGGCGUUUUGAUAUUUUUGUUUCUGUUAUUGUUAAUGCUGGAUACUGUUAAGAACUGGAAGCCUCGGAACUUUCCUCCGGGCCCCUGGCCUGUACCUUUUCUAGGAAACAUUUUUAACAUCGACUCGAAGCAGCCUCAUAUUUAUUUGACCAAGCUUGCUGAAGAUUACGGAGAUGUGUUCAGCCUGCGAUUGGGACGGUCUGUAACCGUGGUCGUGAACAGCUACAAGCUGGUCAAGGAAGCUUUGGUCAACCAGGCGGACACUUUUUCAGCUCGACCUUUUUCUCCUUUAGCUGACAGGAUCACAGGUGAUCUAGGCUUGGUAAUGACCAACGGACACAUGUGGAAAAAGCAGAGGAGGUUUGCUCUCACUACUCUGAAGAACUUUGGAGUCGGCAAGAAGAUUUUGGAAUCCACCAUCCUUGAGGAGAUCAGACACCUUCAGGAGACCAUUGAGGAGGAGCAGGGGAGGCCCUUUGAUCCUCACUUCAUUUUUAACAAUGCUGUCUCCAACAUUACCUGCUGUCUGGUUUUUGGUCACCGGUUUGAGUAUGGCGAUGGACACUUUCAGAAGAUUCUGCACAUGAUAUUUGAAUCAAUGUAUCUGGAGGGGAGCAUAUGGGCCACGCUAUACGAUGCAUUCCCCACAGUAAUGGAGUUUCUACCUGGAGGUCACCAGAAAGUCAUUUCAAACUACGAACAAAUUACUGCGUUUUUAAGAGAAGAGAUCAAACAGCACAGGCAGGACUGGGACCCCUCAGCCCACAGAGAUUACAUCGACUGCUACCUCGGAGAAAUCGAAAAGAGUAAAGAUGACGUUGAGGCAGGAUUCCACGAGAGGAAUCUGUGUUACACCACUCUUGAUCUGUUUGCAGCCGGCACUGAAACCACAUCAACCACUCUCCGCUGGGCUGUCCUCCACUUGAUGAAAUACCCGCAAAUACAGGAGAAGGUCCAGGCUGAAAUAGACAGUGUGAUCGGACAAGCACGGCAGCCUUCGAUGGAAGACAAGCCCAACAUGCCAUACACUGACGCAGUGAUUCAUGAAGUUCAGAGAAUGGGCAAUGUUGCACCUCUGAGUUUGCCUCAUAUGACCACUGAAGAUACCACGCUGGGAGGGUAUUUUAUUCCGAAGGGCACAGAAGUGAUCCCAAAUCUAACCUCGGUGCUGUUCGACAAGAAUGAAUGGCAGACCCCAGACACAUUUAAUCCAGGGCACUUUCUGGAUGCAGAGGGACAGUUUGUGAGAAGGGAUGCGUUCCUGCCGUUCUCUGCUGGUAAGAGGGUCUGUCUUGGAGAACAGCUGGCCCGAAUGGAGUUGUUCCUCUUCCUUACUUCCUUUCUGCAGAAGUACACUUUCUCCUGUCCUGAAGGAGUGGAGCCAAGUUUCAAGUUUCAAGUCGGACUCACGCUUUCCCCGCAGGAUUUCAAGAUCUGUGCCGUCUGUCGCUAAAAAAAACGGUGACUGUCUUCAAGAAUCAUUAGCUUGAACAUAAUGGAGUAUUACCAGAAGUUAAUCAUGGUCUCUUUUGUCCCAAUUAUCGGCAGAUCAAAAUCAGCUUAUUGCUACCUGACGGUAUGUAAAUAAAUAUAGAUCAUUCAUUACACACGGAUGCAAAUAUGUAUUUCAUGUGUUAUUUAAAAAAAUAAAUAAAUAAUUGCUUAAAGGGAACUACAACCAUCAUCAAUAAAAGUACAUAGAAAUAUUUACAGAACAGUUUUCUGAUUUAUCCUGAUUGUGUUCCAUUUGUAAAGAUGUAUGAUUAUAGCACAAGCAUGUAUGCAUCUCAGAGUUUGUAAUUAAAAAGUGAUCCAUUUAAGACAA